AUGAAAAUAAACUGCAGUCACUCCAAAACCAAAAAGUAGGACCUGCUUCUUCCAAGACCUAUGCAGGAACUCCCCUCAGGCUGUCAGUUUGAUCUGCCAUUCAUCCAUAGUGUUUUUAGCCUUCCAUCCUCAUUAAUACUCUUAUUUGCCUUCCAGAAUUUUUCAGAGAAGCCCAAGCAAAGGAGGCAGCGCUGCAAAGACCCCAGCAAAUUGGACAUAAACUCACUCACAGGGGAUGAGCGAGUACCUGUGGUACAUACAGGUACAGGACGGAGGUUAGGGGGAGCCAUGGCACCAGCAUUGAAGGAAUUGCCAAGGUGGCUUGAUGCACACUUGGAGUAUGCUGUUGCAGCAGACUGGGCUGACAUUGUUAAGCUUUCAGGAUUCUUACCAGAAAGCAAGUUUAAUCGUAUCCUAACUGAGCCUGUGCUCCGAGACACUGGGCCUCGCCGGAGAGGAAGGAGGCCCAGAAGUGAAUUGAUUAAAGCCCCUGGUGUUAUAGCAGAUUCUUCUUCAGGAAUGGGACCAUUAUUCAUGAAUGGACUUAUUGCUGGAAUGGAUGUAGUUGGACUUCAGAACAUGAGAAACAUGCAAAGCAUCCCUUUAACUGGUCUGGUGGGGUUUCCUGCUGGAUUUGCAGCAGUGUCUGCUGGUGAGGAUGUCAAAAGCACUCUGAGUAUGUUGCCUAUGAUGUUGCCAGGUAUGGCUAGUGUACCACAGAUGUUUGGUGUUGGAGGGCUUCUCAACCCACCAAUGACAACUACUUGUACUUCAACUGCUCCAAGUUUGUUCACAAGCACAAAAAAUGGUACAUCAAAUGCAGAAAAAGCUACUGAGGACAAACAGAGUAGCCAAAAUGUGAAAAAAGAAACUCUUUCUGAAGACAAGCCUGGUCCUAGUUCAUUUUCUGAUCAGACAGAAUCUGCAAUAACAACCAGUAGUCCUGUAGCUUUUAAUCCAUUUCUUAUACCAGGAAUGUCCCCUGGACUGAUCUAUCCAUCAAUGUUUCUUUCACCCAGUAUUGGCAUGGCAUUGCCAGGUAUACAGCAAACCAGACUUUCUGAGGUGACAAACCUAGAAAGCCAGAAGCGGAAGAGGAAGAAAACUAAAGGGGAAUCAGCAAAUCCAGAACAAGAAACUGUUGCGCUCUCUGAAAAAGAAACAACAAACAGUCAAAACUGUAUAGAGCAAACACCACCUUUGUCAACAGAGAAAGAACAUGAUGUACCAGCGGAAGAGAUGGAGUCAAGAGAAAUUAAUACAAAUUAGAACUUUUGUUUCAUUAAGAAAAAGAUUGUGGCUUGUAAGUUUCUUAUCCCAUAAAUAUUUGUUACUUACCCUCUUGCCCCCACUUCACCUUCAUAAAACCUGUGUUUCCAUGAGUAAAUAUUAUCUACCUAACUCCCUGUAAAAAAACUAUGGUGACAUAACAUAUGUUAAUAGUUGCAGGGUCUUGCCACUUUAUUAGAUAAACAGUGUUGUUUAGGUAGGAUUGGAGGCAUGGAAUUUGUGUUCAGUUGUUUAUCCCAGACAACAAUAAUAAUUCCAGUACUUGGUCAGGCCUCCAAAUUGCUGACUUAUUUGAGAAGAAGAAGAAGCAAAAAGAGCAAAAGUCCUUAUCUCUUGAUCUAAAUGCAGACAAGGGCAUUCCUUUUUAGAGUGACUCUGAAUGAAAAACCUUGUAUUGGGGGGUAAAAAGCACAGUUAUAAUAAGUGCUACUAAUGUGUAUUUUGGUUUAAAGUAUUUCUGUAUUUUACCCUCGUUACUAGAAUAGUAGAUAGACAGAAGUAUAUAACUAAUGUUUGAAAAUCCAUAUAUUGAUUUCUUUUUUAAAAAAGCAUAACUGGUAAUGAUAUAAUUUCUUUCCCUUGCCCCACAAAGUUUGGGAGAGAAACUACAACAAAAGAAAAUAUUACUUAGACAUUAUUCUAUAUUUUUUUAAAACCAAAGUUUGGUUUUAUGUUAAGUGGAAUUUCAAUUACCCUUUCCCUGUUCGUUACAAAAACUUUUUCAGCUUGAGCUGAGAAGUUUUUGCAUAUUUGCAUGUCUUUUAUUGCAGUUAAUGCACCUAUCGCUACCAGUUACUUCACCAUUCUGCUAAUAUUUAGUUCUCAUUUAUGGCAUGUAAAGUUAUUGUUUCAGCUAUGAAGAGGUCACUCUGAUUUUAAUGUUCCUGUAUGAACACUGAGGCUCUGUUUUUUUCUUUUAACAUUUAAUAUUUCUCCUACCUUUCCCAGAAAUAAUGUCGUCAGAAAACAAGGGGGAGUGGGGAGCUGUAGACCAGCUUUACAUUUUUGAAUGUCUUUGAAAAGGACUGUUGAGGUUUUUCAAAGUGUGAGCUUAUUCUCCUCCUUUUAGAGUUAGACUGUGAAGAGCAUACUUCGGUUUCUUCUUUCCAUUCCUCUCUAUUUGCUGUUAAACAGUGUUUCCUAAUAUUCCUAUUGGUAAAUAUUUCUGGAGUAUGCAUUUUAAAUUAACAAUUUUUUUCAUGCUAUCAACCUCCCAAAGUUCUACUCUUGUUAGUUCUCUUUCUCCUCACUCCUAUUUAAUUUUUCUUCCGCUUGGGCUUGUUCUUAUUUGCAGCUCAUGGUUUGUGACUUGAAAUAAACAUAUAGUGGUGCAGCAAUGAGAUGGCAGACUAAUUGAGGGUGUUGAAAGCAUGCUAGUAAUCUGUUUCACAUUUGGUUGUCACUAUUUACUGUAUUUUUUACUUAUUUUCUGUUACAGUUUUGCUAAUUUAUCUAAUGGUCCAAAUGUUUUGACAUAACUAUUUCAGUUUGCAUUAUUUAUUUAUGAUGCUUUUUGUCAUUGUCUUUUAUACAUUUGGGAUUAUAAAUUAUGUACGUGAUAAAAUUAGCAUCUCAAAGAAGUCUGUUACCCAUGGCCUAACAGCAAGCCACGUUUAUAUCUUCAAGGAAUUUAUUCCCAUUUUAUUGGAUUGGAAGCAUUCUUUAAAAAUAUGUAACCAAUCAUAAUGCAAAAAGAACCCCAGAGAAUUAAAUCUUAUUCUAUUUAAUAACACUCUUGUAGCAUAGAUACUGUAUUGCUAUUGACGGAUUUCUUAGAAAUGCUGCUAUCGCUAUUUAACUAACAUUUGUUCAGUUUUGCCUCCAGUGGAAGCAGAAAGGUUUUUUUCAGCUGUCAAAUCCAAAAUCAAUAUAAUUUAUUUAUGUAAAAAAAUCACUUGAUAUAUUUUUGAACCUUUUAAGUACUAACUUUCUUUUUAUUCAGUAGAAGAACAUGUAUUUGCCCUAAAUUCUUAAAAUACACAAGCUAUAAAACUUAUAUAUCUUCAAAGCCUUACUGUGAAUGGAUAUAGAAAUCUCUGCGGAGUCCAUUUCAUGUAUGGGAUGGUUAUUUUUCCAGGGUUUCACUCGUAAGGAACGGGAUUGCAAAUGAAAUGUUUUUAACUAGCCAGCAUGCUCUUUACUUGUUCUUACUUAUCAAAUGUGUAUCUUAAAUCUCUGGGUGUUUAGGCUUCUUUUUGACUGCUAUUGUGUGUGGCCCUUUUUGCAAUCUGAUAGAGAUACUCUGUGAUUUAUUUACACUAUAAGGCAUAAGUUGCUUCUUAUUACUUUCUGUCAUACACAGAAAAGAUGCCAAAUUUUCACCAGUUUUCAUUGGCACUCACACAAACAUACGUUCUUCACCAAAUGUGCUAAAAAAGUAAUUGUCUGUGAUCCUGAACAUGGUUAAAAAGCAAAAGAUUUAAAAGUCAGAUUUUUAUUUUUUUAAUUUAGUGACUAGAUUAUGCUUAUCUUUCAAACUUGGCAGAGCCUUGCUACAGAUGUAUAUAAUUUUUUCAGCAAAUACAUGUGAAUGUUUAAUUCACUUGACUCAGUGCUUAAACGUUACUUGCCUUUUUCUCAGCAUGAACAAUAUCAAAAGCUAUUGUAUACAUAACAUCCCUCUCUCUAAGGUUGCUCCUCAUGUGAGCCAAGGGGUUGUGCAUUAUUUACUCUGGGGGAUGACAAAUUGCAAUUGAUCCACACAUUUUUAAAUAAACUGAACUAGUUUACCAGA